GCCCCACCUACCUACAGUCUGUCACCUUUGACUGGGGAAAAAUGGCGACGAGUGUUUUACGGUGCUCCUUGAAACAUAUCAACAGGAAUGCUGGCUUAUCGGGCCGUAAUAACGGUCCGAAAACAUCAUAUCUAAAUAGAACGACACAAACACGAAGCGCCGUUUCGUCGUCCUCAGGGGCAAUCCUACCGAAACCGGAUAAAACGCCAUUUGGUCUUAUCCGCAUGACUGCGGUGGUGGUGCCUUUCCUCUAUGUGGGAACUCUGAUAAGCAAGAACUUUGCCGCCCUCUUGGAGGAGCAUGACAUCUUCGUCCCUGAAGAUGACGAUGAUGAUGACUGAACUGACUGCAUUGAGCGUGUAUCUUGUGUACCCUCAUGUAAGAUGUGCCCAUAUUGUGUAAGCAUGACAGUAACACAUUGCAAACUGCCCUUAUUGUCUUUUAUUUCCAUAUAUAGUCUUCAUUGUUGAAUAUCAGAUGGUCAAAGGAGGAAUGAGGUAUUUGUGCUUCCAGAUACAUCCCUCUACAUUUGCAUAUCUCCUACCUCUCUCCUAUGCUAUUUAUCUGUUUCAACAAAACAUAUUUUAACAAAUACCAUAUCAUGUGAGGCCUGCAUAAUGAAAACCCCUCACUGUUGUUCGCAUGUUGUCAACUCACGAGUCAAUAAAAUGUGUCUAAUGAGUCAUUAAAGGGGAUUUU